AUCUGUAUAGCAGAUCUCCGGACUCAGAUUGCUGGAUACCUGUAUGGAAUAAGCCCUCCUGAUAAUCCCCAGGUUAAGGAAAUUCGAUGCAUUGCCAUGCCGCCACAAUGGGGGGUACUCAUCAGCAAGUUAAUCUACCAUCAGCUCUUCCAGAGCAUGAUUUCUUGAAUGAUCUGGAGCCUUUGGGAUGGCUACACACACAGCCAAAUGAGCUUCCUCAGUUAUCGCCACAGGAUGUCACAUCCCAUGCGGGUUUUAGAGAACAACAAGCAGUGGCAUGGAGAGCAGUGCAUAAUCUUGACAUGCAGUUUCACUCCAGGUUCAUGCUCAUUAACGGCAUACAAGCUUACCCCGAGUGGUUAUGAGUGGGGACGAGUUAACAAAGAUACAGGAAGCAAUCCUCACGGUUACCUCCCAACUCAUUAUGAAAAGGUGCAGAUGCUCCCGAGUGAUCGGUUCCUUGGAUUU